CGCCAGCGAGGGAGGGGUUUUUCUAGGGUUUCAAGAACAGACCCUACCUCUGUAUCCGAUUCCAAUUUUGUUUUCCUUUUCCUUUAUUUGCUCAUAGAUCCACGUUUUGAAUUGGAUUCUUUGAAUACAUUAUCCAGUGUUUCAAUUUGCAUUCAUUUCUGUUGUUUCUUUAAUUCGUUGCUUAUUCGAUCUAGUGUUGUUUUAGUCGGCGGUCUCUAGGGUUUGAUAUCGCUAUCUGAUUCUUACAACUUUUUGAUGCAUCUCUUUGAAUUGUUCUCGAUCUGGAUCGACGUUGACGAAUCUCGUCGCUUCGGGUAACUGUUGAAAGAUGUUGACUUCGAUUCCUUGGAUCAAGGGGUAAAGCUUGGCGAAUCUUAUUGGCUUGCUCAGUGAAUGCUUUCGAGCUAUGCAGGAUUUUUUCCGAAUUGGUGAAAGGCAUUUCAUAUGGGACUUGAUUGUUGCACCUCUUGGGGCUUCUUAUGGCACCUACUAUUUCUAUAGAGUUUGCUGGACAUAGAGAGUCAAAGAAGCUCUCACAAAAAGUUGUCUCACAGAUGAUGGGGAAAACUAGAAAAGUUUCUAAAGGGUACCCAAGGGGGUUUGUUCCUGACUACCGCCAUGCCGUUGAGACCAUGGCUGAAUCAGAAGACUUUGGCGGAUCAGGGUGGCUUAAUGCCGGGAUCACUGCUUCGGAAGAACUCCGUGCCCCCAAAAGGAAAUGCAUUAGUUUGACUGGAGAUGCAUCCGAACAGUUUGGGGUCCCUUUCCAAGUUUUAUCUUUGUCAAAAUUGUCUAGUUUUCAGAGGAAGGAUUUGACCAUGAGGUUGAAACAUGAGCUUGAACAAGUUAGGACAUAUCAGAAGGAAAUUGCUAAGGUUAGCUCUGGUGAUGUGGCUUUGUUUCCUUCCAGUAAACCCGUGUCCCGUGGCAUGAAGCGGGCUCCACCUCCUGGGCAGAAUGCUGGGGGUCGCGCGAAGAAACAAGCAUCAGGUCGUCUUGACCCUGUAAACAAGGCGUUGCCACCGGUCUCUGGGAAUGCGAUGUUGAUGAAACAGUGCGAUACACUGCUGAAUCGGUUGAUCGGGCAUACUUAUGGUUGGGUCUUUAAGGUUCCUGUAGAUGUGGUAGCCUUAAAAAUUCCUGAUUACUAUACUGUCAUUAAACAUCCGAUGGAUUUGGGGACUGUGAGAACUAAGUUAACUUCAGGUAAGUAUGCUGAUCCAUGGGGUUUUGCAGCUGAUGUUAGGCUGACAUUUUCAAAUGCACUCACUUAUAAUCCUCGUGGAAAUGAUGUGCAUAUGAUGGCUGAAACAAUAAGUAAGUUUUUUGAAGUGAGAUGGAAACCAAUCGAGAAAAAGCUAUCACCGGCCGCAGAGGCAGUAGCUUCUCCAAAACAGGCUGUGCUCAUGGAAACUGUAACUGCUGUACCCAUUUCUCCUAUUGAAAAAAAGAAGAGGGCAUCAGUUGACAGUGAAAUUAAGCAAGUACCAGCUAAGAGAGUCAUGUCUGAUGUUGAAAAGCACAAACUAAGCUCAGAAUUGGAGGAGUUACUAGCAGAUUUGCCUGAAAGCAUUAUUGAUUUUCUUAAAGAGAACAGUUCCAACGGAAACCAAACAACUGAGGAUGAGAUUGAGAUUGAUAUUGAUACUCUCAGUAGUGAUACACUGUUAAAAUUGAGGAGCCUUCUAGAUGAAUAUGUGGCAGACAAACAGAAAAACACGGUAAAAGCGGAAACUUCUGAAAUUGAGCGUCACGAGUUGGGGUUCAGCAAUUCAUUGAUGCAACCCUGCAAAGCUAAUGACCGUAACAAAGAGGAUUUAGACAUUGAUGGAAAUGAUUUGCCAAUCUCAACUAUCUCUCCUAUGGUGCUAGAGAAAGAUUCAGCUGUCAGAAAAAGUAAAGGCAGUAAUUCAAGUAGCUCCAGUAGUGAAGAUGGAUCGUCCUCUGGUGAUUCUGGCACUUCUACAGGCAGUGAUGCUGAUGAUGCCAAAGCGUCUGCUGUUGUGAAUAAUGUGAAGUUGACAUUGGGCUCUGAAAGGAUAGCUAUCCCGAGUGCCACUGAACCUGAAAACCAAUCCGCAAACGGGGUGAGCCAAGUUGAGCAGAAGUCUCGGUCCAACCCCAUUUCUGGUGAAGUUGAUGAUCGUCAAGAGGGGGAGAGUGCUCAAUCCGAGAGGCAAGUCUCUCCCGUGAAGCUCUAUCGUGCAGCUCUUUUGAAAAGCCGUUUUGCUGACACCAUACUGAAGGCUCAAGAAAAGACUACUGGAAAGGGAGAGAAGCAGGAUCCUGAAAGAUCGAGACUUGAGAAGGUGGAGUUAGAAAAGCGAAGAAGAGCAGAAAAAGCUCGGUUACAAGCAGAAGCGAAGGCUGCAGAAGAGGCACGAAGAAAGGCUGAAGCAGAAGCAGCAGCUGAAGCCAAGAGGAAGAGAGAAGUUGAGAGGGAAGCAGCACGUCAAGCUCUACAAAAGAUGGAGAAGACAGUUGAUAUCGAUGAGAAUUCCCAGUUUUUGGAGGAUUUGGAAUUGCUUCAGGCUGCACCUAUGGAGCCUUUAAUAGAUGAAACAAGCCCGGUUCAUUCUCUAGAUCCUUUGGGGAGUUUUAAGUUCCAGGGAAAUAGUAAUCCUCUGGAGCAACUUGGUUUGUACAUGAAGGAUGAUGAUGAAGAAGAGGAAGAAGUCAAACCAGAUGCUGCUCCAGCUUUGAUCGAUGAUCCCGAGGAAGGAGAGAUUGAUUGAGAGUGGGUUUGUAUGGUUUUGCUGGGCUUCUUUUGGUGCUUUCCAUUGUAUAAAAAGAGAGGAUUCUUUCAGCAGCAGCUACUGAAGGUACAAGAUUUCGAGUGGGGAAAACAAGUUUUCUUUGUUGUUUUUUUGUGCAUUUCUGCAAUUUACACUGGAUACAAAUCAAAGUGUUGGGACUUUAUAUUGGGAAAAACAGAAAUAGUCCCAAAUGAAAGUGAUGCCUUCUUGUGAUGUGAGAGCUGGUUUUUAAGGUUAUAAAGCUACAUGGUCUUCCCCUACAGAAAGAGGAAAGAAUUGGUUCU